UAGAGGAACAAAAGCAAUGGAUAGAAAAGGACAGAAAUGGAUGGAAGUACGACAGAAGAAUCAGGGAGAUCAUCCUAACGGUGAAAAGAAGCAAACUUAAUAUUGGUCAUAGCAGAGGAGGAUAGAAAUAAAAUGAAGAAUACUCUGCCUGCUGCCAAGUUAGUGAAGAUAGUAGAGCUGUGGAAUGCUGUGACCAGUCCCAGUGCCCCGCAGCCCAAGGCACGUCGCCGUCCAGAUCAUCUCCAUCCAAAGGAAGUUUGUUCACAAAAGGUUACCCAACGGGAUAUCCCACGGCUGCCCCAGCCUACAACCCAAACAUGUAUCCAACCAGCAGCCCCGGCUACGCUCCAGCUACACUUCUGAUGAAGCAAGCCUGGCCACAGACCUCCUCCUCCUGUGCCACAGAGGGCACCUUCCACCUCCCGGUGGACACUGGGACCGAGAACAGAACCUACCAGGCUUCUUCUGCAGCAUUCAGGUACACUGCGGGGACUCCCUACAAGGUCCCACCGACCCAGAGCAACAACGCGCCUCCUCCCUACUCUCCGUCUCCGAAUCCAUACCAAACUGCUAUGUACCCCAUCAGAAGUGCCUACCCACAGCAGAACCUGUACACCCAGGGAGCUUAUUAUACCCAGCCAGUGUACGCGGCACAGCCUCACGUUAUCCAUCACACCACCGUGGUUCAGCCCAACAGCAUCCCCUCGGCCAUCUACCCGGCCCCUGUCGCUGCGCCCCGCACCAACGGCGUGGCCAUGGGGAUGGUCGCUGGCACCACCAUGGCCAUGUCAGCAGGAACCUUGUUGACCACCCCACAACACACUGCCAUCGGAGCACAUCCAGUUUCCGUGCCAACGUACCGGGCUCAAGGAACCCCCACCUACAGCUACGUACCGCCGCACUGGUAAACCCACUGGCCAAGUCAUAUCUGAAGUCAAACAUUGUAUGCAACUACACAAGUCUUACAUCGGGGCUGCGGCCACUGCACUGCAGCACCUCGUCUGUUUGCAAGAACAAAAGAAAAAAGUGCAAGGGUCACUUUAUGCAUUCUUUAGUGGUUUUUGUAAAAGCUGCUUUUUCUAAUCUUCUGCCUCUUUAUUUUCCUUCCCUCCUCCCUCUCCCCGACCCACAUCAGUCGUGUAACACAUACUGACACUGAGCAAUAGUAACGUUCUCUCUUUGGUCCUAUCGUUUUACAGCUCAGAAUAUUCACUUUUCAGCAUUGCCCGGUCGAGUGGUGCAAAGAUCCCCACUUCUUGUUCGUUUGGGUUCUUCUCAUCCUUUUUUUGUUGUUGUUGUUUUUUUUUUUUAAUUAUUAUUAUUUUUUGUUGUUGUUGUUGUUGACAAGAGCCUAGGUUUUCUUUGACUAGUAAGAGUGGUUGAUGUUCAGGGUACUAUGUGAAAAAGCACAGCGCUGGUAGGCAGGCUUAUUCCAAUUUGGGUUGGGUAUUUUUAGUUGGAUAAUAUAAAUUAUUUAAUCUUCCGUAACAUAUUACAGGAAAAUUGGUGUCUUCCAGAUAGCUGUCGUGAUAGAUUAUAAUGCAUUAUCUGCAGUGAAAUGCUGAACUCAUCCCUUCUUUUGUAGGAGUAAGAGAAUAUAAUUAGCGACGUAACACGCUUGUUUUAGGAAGUAGGAGGACUGUUCACCAUUGGGUCUGCUUUUCAUAACUGGGCAGAGGCAUUUGGUGCAAGGGGAAUGGAGUGGCAGCGAUGCCUUUGGGAAGGCGAGAUGCUCUGUGCCAGCUGUGUCCCAUCAUGGGCAGCUCUUUCCUGGCCAAUGCUCCUGGGCAGAGGUGUGCAGGGAUGCUGCAGGUGGGAAGUGAGAGAUUUCCAGGGCAGAAAGGCUCUGCAGAGCCUGGGGAUUUGGGAAAGGAGGUCGGAUGGAGAGGAGCCUUCGUGGAGGUCAAGGUGCUCCCAUUCUUUGGAUGUUUUGGAUUGGGGUCAACAAAGGUUGAGCCGAGCCCAAAUCCUGGCACUGUGGAGACAGCUGCUUGGGCUGGGAGAUGUAGGGGUAAGGGGCAGCAAUAGCAAUAAAGUAAUCUUCUGCAUCUGGAGGCAACAUGAGGCCGUUCCUGGGUCCUCCAGGGUGUCCCAGUCAAACAGACAGCACUUACAGGCAGCUGGAGCAAUUCUUCAAUUCUUACCCCUAAACCCAGAGUAGAAACAAGACUUCUUUUUUUUUCUAAGAGAAAAAUAUAAUGAUAAUUGUUUUGCUUUUUGAUGGUUUUCCCUCCACGUGCCAAAGUAGCUCCAUCCAUCCAUCCAUCCAUUCAUCCAUCCAUCCAUCCAUUCAUCCAUCCAUCCAUCCAUCCAUCCAUCCAUCCUUGCAGGUGGUCCCAGGGAGCCAUCCAGAGCCUUGCAAGGAAUUGGAUCUUUCUUGAUGGGAAUCAGUCCAUAGGGGGAGAAACCUUUGUAGCGACCCCAAAGGACUGGGGGCUGCUGGUUGUCAGGUCAGUGGGGGCCAUUUGGUUGCUUCUUCUUCUGCUCUUAAUGGAAACCCAGGUUUCCAUUUGCCCGCGGUCAGAAGACAGAAAGGGCACAAAGUGGUGAAGCCUGAACGUCAGCGCUGUGGGUGGAGGAGGUCAUGAGGGUUUCCACCACGUAGUUCAUUGUGUUGCACUUUCAUUUUGUAUAAAAAGGAGAAAAAAAGGAAAAAAAAAAAAAAAAAAAAAAAGUUUAAAAAAAAUAAUAAAAAAAUGUAAUUAAUCACAGUGUUGCCCCCGUUUAGCUUUUGGCAAAGCCUCCCUGCCUAUAGGGUCAGCACUUAAAGGGAAGGGGGACGUUUGGAAGUAGGGAAACCGCAUUGUCCUCUGUAAUACGUUGCAAUUAAACUUGGGCAAAAGAAACCCAACCCGCCAUGAUAAUAAAUCACAGGAACCGAGGAGCUCUCAAAUGCUUUAUUAUUAUUAUUAUUAUUAUUAUUAUUGUUAUUACUUUUUGGCUCUCACAGUAUUGUUGACUUGGUGUUGGAAUGCCUGUGUAUCAGGAGCUGUCUGUCGGUGCUGGAACAUGUUGCUCUUGUGAUGGAAGAAAGUCAUUAGUUAAUUAACAGCACCUCAUUGAGUCCCAUCACUGCCCCAGGGUUGCUCACCCAUCACUGCAAUGGGAGGAGCUGUCUUGAAUUCUCAUCCAUGGCCAGGAAGGUGCGGGGUGUGCUGCUGAAAGGAGAGAGGAUGCUAAAUUUGAGGGGUGAAAUGCCAUUCGUGGCACAGAGGAGCCCCCAGAUGGACACAGCCUCCUCCUCACUGUGCUUUUUUAAUGGCAUUUUUAAGUUCCCCCUAAACAAAGCUCUGAAUUUCAGGCUUGCUCUAAAAAAAUUGACGGGUUUUUCAUCAAAACAGGUUGAGGCUAUAAAGUAGAAGGGAAAAGGGACAACACCUCCAUCUCUUACCACAAACGAGGCCUGAUGAGGGUCAAGUGGCUUUAUCUUAAUUCUUCUGCUUGGAUCAGUGGCGGAUGUCAUGAAUCUUCCCCGUUGUGCUUGGGUAGAAAUGCUCAGCGGUGCCAUCAUGGCAUGAAGAGGUGAACUUUGCUGUGGGGAGCCCAUCUGGGGAGUUGAGCAGCCCUUGGGGGGCUUGGGAAGCCAUCUGGGGGAGUAUUUGAUUCCCUUUCAUUGUGGUUUCCCCAGUGGAAUUUGUUUGGGAAGAAGCAGGUUGGGAAGUCAACCCAUGACGGGGUAGGGCAUGAUGUGAGUGUAGGACCAAAGGGCGAAUAGGAAAUGGUUGUGCUGUGAGCAGCUCCAUCCAGUUCCCAUCAUGGGAUAGAGUUCUCCAACCCCAACUCAGAAACCCAUCUGAGGUGUUGAGUGAUUUCCUUUGCUAACCUUGAGUUCUGGCACCUUUAGGGCAAUCUGGGAGUUGUGGGAUUGCAGGGUAGGUUGAAGCCCAGGUCAGUUCUUUGGGUAAGGUUUGCUCCUGAAGGCACUGCCUCUUUUUCUGUUAACAUUCCUCAUGGUGACAUAAAGGAACCCUGUAGGAUGCUGUCACUGCUGUCCCCACUGCUGGGGUGACAAAGCUUCCUGGGGUUGGCAGCACUGGGGGCACCCAAGCGUCACACGCCAACUGUGCUGCUGUUGGGUUGGUAAUGGUGGCAGGUUGGUGAGCAGGAAGAAAAGGGAUUUCCCUCACUGAGGGGGACAGGGCUAUGCUCUGUGCCAGGGCAAGAGGGGGUUAGGGUGUCCUUGGGGAUGAUGGAGGCAAAGCAAAACUCCAGGAAAAGGGGGAAAAAGUGUUAAGAAAAUUGUUAUCAAACUGCAGCUGUUGCCAUUACCCAGUCCCACCGAUGACUUCUGCAUUACAGUGCACUGCAGUGCUGGACUCAAAGCCUGUGCUGCCACAGUUCCAUGCAAACCCCAGAGCCCACAGCUCUGAUGGGCAGCAACAGCUUCAUAAAGCUUCUUUGCAGCUUGGAUAUGUAAUAUAAGCACUUUUUACUGUGUUAUUUAAAGUUUUUCUUUUCUUGGUUUGGUGACGAUGUUUGCUAUUCUUGAGAAGCACGGUGGGCAGAAAGUGACCCCCGGUGGGGCUGGGGAAUGAGGUCAUACUGAGAGAGAGAAACUCCUCCCAUUUGGGAUUUGCAUUCAGUGCUCAAAUCCAACCAGCCAAAGACAGCAAUAAGAGCCACUGAGUCCUCGUAAGUCCACUUUUUAAUUUUAUUUGGUCAAACCAUCAAUAUUUUCAGUCCAAGUGAGGGCUGCGGUUCCUUCCACCUCUGCCACCCAAAUGUCCUCACCAUGGCUUUAACCCGUGACAGUUGGCUUUCCAUCUCUUUCUUUUCCCUGCUCCCUUUGGCUUUUGGCUCCCCAAGGCCCCAACGCACUGUUGCUCUGCUAUAGGGAAAUAUAGGAUAAAAAGCCUGGAAGGGAGGGAGGAGAGCUGUGGCAAGGCAUCACACCAUUUGGCACUUACAGAGUCACCAGCAAUCUAGUGAUAAUGGAUUUUUGGGAGUGUCUGGAAAAUGGGAAUGGCAAAAAUGUCAUCUAAUGGCAGCUUUCCCCAACUGGAUGUGAUGAGUUUGUAGGAAAAUGCCCAACGCGGCACCUCAGCAUUGUGCCCUUGGGAUGGAGCUGCAGGGCUGUGGCCAUUGGGAGAUGUAGAGAGGAAGGGGAAAGGGGGCACCGGGGGGCACUCCAAAAUUACCCCCUAAAAACACAGAGCCCCCUCAUGCCCCUUAGCAUCCAGCAGAGUGAACCUGAUUCACGCGCCCCAUCCAUCUCUAUCAUUUCUUGACCCAUUCUGAUCAACGGGACAACUUGGAUCAGCUCGUUUUUAAAUAGUAUUGGAACUCUUUAAGCAAAUAUAUAUAUAUACAUAUUAAAAAAAUGCAUAGAUACAAAACAAAAAAAGAAAGGAAAUAAAAAGAGUAAACAUGUCUUCCAAGUCUCCACGGUGUGUAGGGAACGUGGCCUCCAACUGAUGCGCUGGGAAGCCCCGCAGCCGCGGCUUGUGACUAUGAGGUGUAAAUCUGGGUUUUCUCAUUUGUUUCCCGUUCCGUUUUUGUUCUGAAGAUCAGUUCGUGAUCUCCCUGACAGAUUUCAGCCAAGAGUUUGUAACUGUACGAUAUUUACUGUAAGAUGUAGAACAUUCGAUAACUAUUAAAAUGUUUCCAAAAAAAAAUAAAUGGAA